AUGACAAAUGCAUACUACUUCUACAAUCCCGCCCGCCCACUGACCGAAGCUGAGCAAGAUGUCAGGAACAAAGGCUACAACUACGUCUCAACCACAAUCCUCGAGCCCCAUGGCAAACUACAGGAGCACCGCCACAGCAGCCACAACACCCACGAGAUCAUCCGUGGGAGCCUCAAAGCAGACAAGAUGCACAAGGGCAGCCCGACCUUCCGCGCGAUCUUCCAGCUCGUGGGCAAGGUGAUCAAUCUGCCUGCCCAUGUCGACUACCAAGGUGAAGCUGGUCUGGAUGGCUGUGAUUUUGUCGAAGGGCAUAUGGUUUUGAGUCCGACUACGGCUGAGCGAUUUGAGGCAAGAGGGAUGAUUGUGAAGGCUUCGAAGGGGACGGAGGGGGCGUUUCCUGUGACAGAGUGA